AUGGGUUUGAGUAAAGAGCCAUCGCAGGAUACAGAUACCCCGGAGGGUUGGAAUACCUUAUCAUCGCACAUGCCCUUACACUCUCCACCUGUUGCCUCUGCCACAACUCACUCCAACCCCUCUGUGCCAAAGCUGCCCAGUGCUGUUGCGUUGAACCAAAGCCCUGUGCCGAGUUCUAAUGUGGCGUCCGAUGAUAUGCCCAACACCUGGGUGCAAGAACUGGCAUAUCGCCCAGCUACCAGGAAAAUGUCACCUUCCUCUCGCGUUGGUGAGUCAGAUUUCCUGCUGCCGUCGGAAGGGCACGGCAGAUCUGAGAACGAGACGCAGAUCCGAAAUUCACCUCAUGGGCAGUAUGAGGGAGUGCGUGGCGGUGCUUCUGCUAUUGCUUCUAGAAGUGAGACCUCAGUUGGCUCUUCUUUUGAUGAUGGACUCCCUUCCUCCAGCACUGGUCGGUUUCAGUCAAAUAACCCCUUAAUGAGAGCCAGACAGACCAAUAAUGGCGCAUUGAAAUACCCUAUACCUGUUCUAGACCCAUUCGAUUUUUCACAAACAAACAAUUUGGAUCAUAACCAAUGUGCAGGGAAUUCCGUCGCCCAGUCGCCUAGUCCACAUGGCCUAGAUAUGGAAUUUUCACAAUUAUCACCUCCAAGGCUUCGAGACAGUAGUUGCGGGCUUGAAGAUAAAACUGUGUCGCUCGAGGCAGAAACAUCUUGCUCGUCCGAGGAAAAAAGAAACGACGCAGUCACUUCUGAUACUAGGUCUGUAGUAAACCAACCCUUAGUUUCAUACCCUCAAUCUGACAAAAUCGACGUUUUGGCCCAAAGUUUGAAGCCUGCAGAUCUAAACAUUCAGGAAACCCCCAAAUCUACAGAACUUAUCCAGACAGUUACAAAGGAUGAUCCAGAAAAGCCUAUAAAAAGUCUGUUGGACGAUGAACCUGAAUCGUUGCCAGGUAUCUACUUAUCCAGGCCUGAUAAUCUGGGCUCACCAGUCCCCUCAACGGUCCCCAACUCGACCAUACCAGCGUCUCCCACUCUGUCAGGGACCACUGGAUCUGGUCAAUUCCCUUCGGUGCCCCAAGACAAAUUAGCUGAGACUUAUGACAUCCGACUGGUUAACUGGACAGACGGGAGGACCGCCUUGCGUAAAUCGCCAAUGCUAGUGCAGAAUGAGAACGGGCCUUGUCCGCUCUUAGCUCUCGUCAAUGGGUUCGUAAUGCGAAGCAAAGCUGAUUCGCCGUCACCGAUAACAAAAGCACUUCAGUCUAGAGAAAAAAUAUCUCUGGGUUUGCUGGUGCAAGCCCUGUUCGAUGAACUCACAUCCUACACCGAUGGAGCAGACCAGCUUCCAGAUACCGAAGCCCUCAGCUCUUUUCUUAUUAUGCUACAUACAGGGAUGAACGUCAACCCUCAAUUAGUUCUGACAGAGUACCCCUGUGAUACCCCAGGUACCUUCCUCGAGACAAAUGAUAUCCGUCUCUAUAGCAGUUUUAAGGUACCGUUAGUUCACGGUUGGCUGGCAAGACCAUCUUCGGCCGCCGCUGCUGCACUAAAGCGAGUGGCUCAAAACUAUGAAGAUAUACAGCUGCUACACUUUCGCAAAGAAGAGCUGGAAGAUCGUGUCUUUCGUGGGGGGUCUCUAGAUCCUGAUGAGGAGAAGUUGAUUGAAGAUAUUGAUACAAUACAGCAUUUUGUCAAUGUCGAAAAUGCUACGCAAUUGAGUGUUUUUGGUUUGGAACAUUUAAAGAAAUGUCUUGAACCUGGAUCAAUUUCAAUUCUCUUCCGAAAUGACCACUUCUCUACGCUGUUCAAGCACCCGUUGUCAUACCAGCUUUUCACCCUUGUAACAGAUGCUGGGUACGCUAGCCAUGCAGAAAUUGUGUGGGAAAGUCUGGGGGAUUUCAGGCCAGUUGGAAAUCUUUCGCCCCCGGUCUCCCUACAAAACACCAAGCAAGGAGGUCCCGUGACUUCAGGAGGAUCAACUCUAGGAGACAAUGUAAACGGGAGUGUCGAAGAGCCGACUGAGAACACAGAGCAAACUGACGCAGACUACGCUUUUGCUUUGGCCCUCCAGUUUCAGGAUGAGGAGGAACAGCGGCGAACAAAUCCAAGUCGCCGAUCCCGAAAUCCAACACCGCUGCUACUGUCCAAUAUUGGAUCCACAUCUUUACAAUCUGAAGGAAUCACUGACGCUCGUUCGAAUAGUGGGUCAAAUUUUUGUCAUCAACAAUCAACAUCAUCCACGGGUCGCCGCGUCCGAAGGGGCACUCAAGAGGUUCGUUCACUUAUACCGCCUCGUGCUCCUGCCGUCGAUCCUGGCAUUGACGCACCACCACCAACGUACGAGCAGGCCGCCAACAGCCCAAGAUAUAAUCCUCCUCCCGGUCACCUACAACGUGGUGACUCACAGGGUAGCAACCCAAGCAUAGUUGGGCCAAGAUCUUCCAGCUAUGGAUUCAAUCAAAAUCUCGGACGGAAUUUUAGUCCCUUUCGAAAUAAUAGACACGCUCCCGCAUCAUCUACCUCUCUGCCACCUCGACCUCGUGAUAAGGAUAGAAGCAAAGAUUGUACGGUUAUGUGA